AUGACGGUCCAGGUCGUCCUCAACACCCCGCUGGCGGAUGCUUUGAGCGCCGCCAUUCAGCCCAAAUUGAUCGAGGCUGGCUGGGCAUCAGGCUCCGACGAUGAUGCCGCGCUUGUCGAAUACAUCAUUCUCAUGCUCGUCAACGGUCGCACCCAGGAGCAGAUUGCCACCGAACUCUCGGCCGAUCUCCUUGGUCUGGGUCCCGAAGAUGCGGGCGCUCAGCAAUUCGCCGCAUGGCUCUUUCAACAGGUUGAGCAGACCGACGCACAACUCAACGGUACUCAACCUUCCGGUAACGAUGUCAUGACUGGCAUGGCUCAAGGAAAUGGAGACUUUGACACCGAUAUGGGUGCAGGUGAUGGCAAUGACCCGACUGGCCCGCGAUCCAUGCGGAACGGUCCCAACCCCCGAGGUGGUCGCGACAAGCGGAUGCUGGGCCACAUGACCAAGGCUAUGGACCGGUCCGGCGAUUCGGUUCUUCACCGCGUUCGCGGAAACGACAGAAUCAACUCCCACGCCCGAGGCCCACCCACAGGCCCCAGAGGCGGAAUGGGACGCGGCGGACGGCCCAUGAAUAACCGCGGAGUGAACAUCCAAGCCGGUCUCAACGCGAUGGCAGGAAUGAACGGUCAACAUGGCGGUCCCCCGGGAAUGAACCCCAUGGCCCAAGGUUGGGGCAUGCCCCCGCCGCAAGGACAGCCAUCACAAAUGGAUCUCAUGGCAAUGAUGGAGCAACAGGCGCAGAUGAUGUCACAACUCCAACAGCAGCUUAUGAACCAAAGUGGUGGGCGAGGUGGACGCCGUGGCGGCAAGUCUUUGUUUGAUCGCACUCAAAAUUCUCGCGGCGGUUUCCGACAACAUCAAUCCAGAGAUAAGCAAGAUUCAGCGAUGACGGAAGGCGGAGAGGGAGACGACGUUGACAUGUCACAAUCGAAGCGCGAACCGCCCAACCCCGACGAGACUGUCUGCAAGUACAACCUCCGUUGCACCAACGGCGAGUGCAAAUUUGCGCAUCAGUCACCCGCGGCACCGCCAGGCACCACAGUCGACAUUAACGAUGUAUGCACUUUCGGUGCCGCAUGCAAAAACCGCAAGUGUGUCGGACGGCACCCAUCUCCAGCAGCCAGACUGGCGCAUCAGAGCGAGCAAGACUGCAAAUUCUUCCCCAACUGCACGAAUCCGAGAUGCCCCUUUAAGCAUCCCGAGAUGCCGCUGUGCCGCAAUGGUGCUGGGUGUACGACUACGGGUUGCAAAUUUACACAUGUUAAGGUCAAGUGUAGAUUCAACCCUUGCAAAAACCCUCACUGCAUGUACACCCAUGAGGAAGGCCAGCAGGGCGUCUUCAAGGACAAGGUGUGGACCGCCGAGGGUGUCGACGACCACGUCAGCGAACGUCAGUUUGUCGACACAAACGCACAAGCAGAAGUGAUUCUCCCCGAUUCAGAGAACGCAGUGAACCAAGAGCAGAGCAAUGCGCAGGAGGUGAUCAGCUAG